AUGGAAUGCAUUGACGAAGAGACGGGUCAAAUCCGAACGAGGGCGAACACAGCUAUGGAAGAACUGCAGCAGCUCAAUCAGUCUAUAUAUAAUUCUCUCCCAAAUUUUAGAGGCGUGCCUACCGCUCCUGGAGAAAUAGCCAAGGAUCAAGCUAUUGUGGAGGGGCAAAAUGGAAAAGGAAUAGGAUCAAUGCAAACUUGUUCCUGUUAG